ACUGAAAAAUGAAGUACUAAAUAAAUAGAAAUAAAUAAAGGAAGAAAAAUAUUGGAAUUAUUUUGCAGAUUCUUAUUUGACCUUUGAAUUACUGUGGCUUACGAUUCUAUCGUGCCAAUGAGCUGCAAAACCGAUAUAUGCCGUACUCCGAACGCUUCUUCUUAUUUUUCUUUCGCAUUCUCGUCUGAGUUGUAAUACAGUUUACAUGGUAGAAAUUAAUAAGUCUGUUGUACUCAAUCCUGCACAUAUUGCUGUUGCAAUUGCAAUAGCUUUAAAUGCAGUGCUUCUGGGAUUAGUCAUAUAUUCUGGGACGCAUGGAAUUUGGAAUGUCCGAGCUGCAAAAGGAGCAGCCAACAAGUCCGAGCUGAUCAAGUGCCUGCCUCCUCUUCCGAAAGCUGGCGUUCGUGCUGGCGAAACGGGGAACGUACCUGCACCUACAGCUAACACUUCCGCAUCGACAGGCAGUACUCUAUCCUCCCUAACAUGGGGCCGCUACGAAGUGACCCACACCUACGUCAUGACUGUCGACUACUCCCACCACAACAUCUUAAUUUUCAAGCAGUCCAACAGUACCAUCCAAAACGCGUCUAUAGUACGCUUCUACUACCAACCGGCGCUUUUUCUCGAUGAAAGCCGAAUCAACGUCACUUUUAAUUACUUCACACAACAGUAUGAAAUCCGCCUGUACGUGCUCAUGUGGAAUCAGGCUUUUGAAGAGCAAAUCCGUCGACAGAUCCGUCAACAAUACACAGCCACAGAUUUCCUCCUGAACAUCAUCCCGGUGGAGAGCAUCCGGAUUAAACCAGUGGGUUUGAACAGAAAAUACCGGUUUAUCGAUCGGUGGAUACCGUACGCCAGUCAGCCGCAGUACGUGAUCUUUCGCUUGAUCUGCCCGACUCAACCAGAUUGCGACGAGAUCGCUGGUAACAUCCGCGAAGCACCCAGUGCGUUUAUUUGGAAUCUGCGCGUACAGUACAGUUUAGAAGGACAGCACAGUGUCGGGAAAAGUAUCACGGUAAAAGCGGAGCAUGUGCAACAGACGUCGAUGUACGCAGCCAUUAACCAAAAGCUCCCGCAGAAGAACCCGGUGUACUUAACAUCCGACGAUGCCAACAAGCUGUCUACGGAGAUUGCCAACAAUAUUCAGGGUGUGGAGAUCGAAGACGAGGACUACAUCGCCGAACAGAACGCUCCCACACUAAUGGCGUUGAUUAACAAGGCGCUUCAGUUCGUCUCGAAUAACACCAAAGAUUUCGAUAACAACACAUGGAAUUCGGUGUUCUGGAGCGAUGAUAACAGCCGCCCCGACCGCGUGACCCAGGAGACCAACGAUGUGUACUCCCAACUCGAUGAAAAAUCGAAAUCCCGGUUCAAAAAUGAGGUGGAGAGUUCCACCUCGAAAGGGUUCUCGUUCGAGUUAGGCUUGACCUUUAAGACAAAAGGUAACGCCGACGCAAGCGGCGGAGUGGGUGCGAGUUACGAUACCAGCAAGGUGCAGAUGAGCCAGAAAGAAGUCGAUCAGCUGAAUCAUCUCCUGCAGGAAGCCAAGAAGAAAAGCACGUGGAAAGGCGAGAAAUUCGUCCCCAAACCGAUGGACGUGAAACGCAUGAACACGGGGAAUAUUAAGGUGGGGACAGAGCUGUCGACCACAAACCUGCGGGUCAGCGUGGCGACCUCCAUGUUGACGGACGCCAUCAAGCUCGUCGACGUCAGACCCGGUGACAUGUCCUCCAUCUUUUCCAAGAAACAGUCCAGCAACGAAGUGUUUCUGGUGAAGGCGAAGACCGAUUACACCCGGUUUACGAAGGCGGAAGCCGCCAGUAUCUGUCAGGUUCUCAACGCGGUGCUGGCCAGUGUCGAGCAGCUGGAGAGUGCGUUUGUGGCGGGUGGCGAUUGGUGUUUCACGGGACAUACUAAUGCAACAAAUGUGGCGGCGUACCCAGGAGGCGUAUGCUACGCCUACCAGACGGACGGUUCCGGAAAUACCGUGUUGCCGUUGAAAACACAGACGGUAACGUGUGGGAGCCUGGAGAAGUAUCACAGAAAGACCUUUGUGUAUAAGACGGUGGGAUCUAGUGGCGACGUGGGUGUGGAUUCCAUGCGUUUCGGGGCAAACUGUUGGGGUUUGCGGCCGUCGAAAGGGGAGAAAUUAAAGUACAAGAACGAUGUCAUUGUCGUACUGCCCUUUAACUCAACACAUUACAGUCAGUAUUAUGCAUAGUAUUCUGGGUCGUUCUCUGAGAAGAUCAACGUGGAGUUCUCGUAUCAGAGUACUGUGUUGUAAGGUCACUGUAAUCAAAAGGAAAAUGCGUGGUUAUCAUUUUACAGAAGCACACAAAGUUUUU